GCCAACCUGCUCACUCACGUCCCAUCUAAGCCCUCAAGAUCUCCCGAGUUCUUCAACCCAACCUUUGAGCAUUUCCAAAUCAAUAUGAUGAUUCCAACAACAUGCCUUCUGGUCACUUUAAUAAUUUUUAUCCAUGGACAGAGUGGUGUCUCCCAUUUCGCCACCUUUCGUCAAGCAACUGACUCGUUGAAGAGUGAUACCCCAAGAAGUUUCCCCGUCGGCGAAGGGAAUGAUCGUUUGGAAAUCGAUGAGGGUUCCGGAAUAAUGGGAACGAUGCUUAAUGUGGGAGAAUGUACCGGAGAAGAUGAAGAUUUUACCAUUUCCCUGCCAAAUCCGAGUGGAUGUUAUAUUUUCCAAACCACUGGAUUCAACUUGGAGGGAUAUCCGAAUAAUACAGGAUAUUAUGUUACAUACUGGUGCAAUUACUAUAUUCAGUUUGGGGGUGAUGUAAAUGGAACGGUAACCGUUAAAGAAAAAGAUUUCCAGUUCCAAGAACCGGACAGAUUUGGAUUUUGGGAUGAUUAUGUAGUAAUUUUUGGUGUGAACGAUGAACAGCACGAAGACGACAAUAGUGACUCCGAUGACCAAGAUUCGCGUAUAAAUUCCGUUGCAUAUUGUGGCACGAUUACAGGAGACAAGAUCCGUAAUUUCUAUGCCUCUAAAAUUUCCAUUCGAUUAGCCGCUGACGCCACAGUGAACAGCAACGGAGCCGAGAUUGUUAUUUGUAUUGAUUAAAAGAGUUGGGGUCAAAAACCCAAUUCUAUGUAUUUACCGCUUUAUGAACUAUGAAGUGAUUAUUGGUUUAUUUGUUUUUCUUUUAUUUUGACCGACUUCGUGGUUUCGAACAUGUGGAUUUAAUAAAUCGUUUGAAGGUCC